AUGAGGGUUUCUUGGAGUGCAUCAGACCGUGACGGCGAGUUGAGCAGUCCUGCCUCUGCCUCCGUCGCGGCUUCUGCAGGCCCACAAGCCUCAAAAACGGCGUCGGUGUUGUUUAUGCCCUCUGCAACUCAGGCGCCAGGCCGGACAAACCUCACGAUGAGUCCGUUUGCUACAGCUCCGGACGCCCGAGCCCAACGCCGGAGCUGCCGGCCGGGCGUGCCAAGGAACCGGAGGCCUCGGAGCACCGAGUUCGGCGGAUCACGUCACCGAGGCGACGGUGCUGGCAGCAUCUGCCCAAACGACCGUCGUCGGAUGACAAGUGGGCCGAUUCGUGAUCAGCCUGCAAAGGAAAGUUACUCAACGCUGCCAUCUUCUCGGCCUAUCCACUUUUACAAAACCGUCUUGUAUUAA